CAGAAACUCCUCUCAACUACACAGCUCUCAACUCACCGCCUAACACAAUGGCCUGCUGUGCUACUAGCUUCUGUGGCUUUCCCACUUGCUCCACAGGUGGCACCUGUGGCUCCAGCUGCUGCCAGCCCAGCUGCAGUCAGUCCAGCUGUUGCCAGCCCAGCUGUUGUGAGGCCAGCUGCUGCCAGCCAAGCUGUUGCGAGACUGGCUUUGGGGGUGGCAUUGGCUGUGGCCAGGAGGGUGGCAGCGGAGGUGUGAGCUGCCGGGUUAGAUGGUGCCGCCCUGACUGCCGCGUGGAGGGCACCUGUCUGCCCCCCUGCUGUGUGGUGAGCUGCACACCCCCAUCCUGCUGCCAGCUACACCAUGCCCAGGCCUCCUGCUGCCGUCCAUCCUACUGUGGACAGUCUUGCUGCCGCCCAGCCUGCUGCUGCUACUGCUGCCAGCCCAGCUGCUCUGAGCCCAGCUGUUGAAAGCCUUCUAGCAAGAAUCCUAGGAAGAUGACACUUCAAAAUGAACUAAUUACAACCCUUAAAAUAAUCUUCUAAACUUCAGUAUUGAUAACUCAGCUAUUGACUCGGCUACAUAAUUUCCCAGGAGGUAAAUUCAUUUGGGGUGGAAGAGCCAACAUCUUUGUUGGCUUGAACACCAACAAAAGACCCACUGUGUGGAAAGGAUACUGCAUUACUAUAAAUAUUACCAGAACGUCUUCAAUAGCCAAUUGGGAUUUGUAUUUAAUAAAAAGUAUUUGGUCUCUUC